AUGUCUCACGAAGGUCAAGAAGAAUUAUUAGAUUACUCUGAUUCAGAAGAAAUCGCUGUUCCAACUACUACUAAUGAACAAGAAAAUAAUGGUAAAGAAGCUGAUAAAAAAGGUAGUUAUGUUGGUAUUCAUGCAACUGGUUUUAGGGAUUUUUUAUUAAAACCUGAAUUAUUAAGAGCCAUUGGUGAUUGUGGGUUUGAACAUCCUUCUGAAGUUCAACAAGUUUGUAUUCCUCAAUCUAUAUUAGGUACUGAUGUUUUAUGUCAAGCUAAAUCUGGUUUAGGUAAAACUGCUGUUUUUGUUUUAUCAACUUUACAACAGUUAGAUCCUGUUCCUGGUGAAAUUUCAACAGUUGUAAUUUGUCAUACUAGAGAAUUAGCUUAUCAAAUUAGAAAUGAAUAUGCUAGAUUUUCAAAAUAUAUGCCAGAUGUUAAAACUGAAGUAUUUUAUGGUGGUACACCAAUUAAAAGAGAUAUUGAAAAAUUGAAAAGUAAAGAUACUUGUCCACAUAUUGUUGUUGCAACUCCUGGUAGAUUACAUGCAUUAGUUCAAGAAAAAACAAUUAGAUUAAAUAACGUUAAAUCAUUUGUUAUUGACGAAUGUGAUAAAGUAUUAGAAAGUAUUGAUAUGAGAAGAGAUGUUCAAGAUAUUUUUAGAGCAACUCCACAUCAGAAACAAGUUAUGAUGUUUUCAGCUACUUUAGCACAAGAUAUAAGACCAGUAUGUAAAAAAUUCAUGCAAAAUCCAUUGGAAAUUUAUGUUGAUGAUGAAGCUAAAUUAACUUUACAUGGUUUGCAACAAUAUUUUAUUAAAUUAGAAGAAAAAGAAAAGAAUAGAAAAUUAUCAGAUUUAUUAGAUUCAUUAGAAUUUAAUCAAGUUAUUAUAUUUGUAAAAUCAACUCAACGUGCGAAUGAAUUAAAUAAAUUAUUAUGUGCAUGUAAUUUCCCAUCGAUUGCAGUUCAUUCAGCUAUGCCACAAGAAGAAAGAAUUCAACGUUAUAAAUCGUUUAAAGAAUUCAAUAAAAGAAUUUGUGUUUCAACUGAUGUUUUUGGUAGAGGUAUUGAUAUUGAAAGAAUUAAUUUAGCUAUAAAUUAUGAUUUAGGUUCAGAUGCUGAUCAAUAUUUACAUAGAGUUGGUAGAGCUGGUAGAUUUGGUACAAAAGGUUUAGCUAUUUCAUUCGUAUCAUCAAAAGAAGAUGAAGAAGUUUUGGGUAAAAUCCAAGAAAAAUUUGCAGUUAAAGUUGAACCAUUUCCUGAUAGUAUUGAUCCAAGUACUUAUAUGAACACAUAG